GGGCCGCCGCCGCCGCCCAUGGAGCCCAACGGGACGGCGGCGGCGGGGGGCAACGCCUCGGCGGCGGCGGCGGCGGCGGCGGCGGCGGGGGGCGGCGGUCCCCCCGGGGGAGGUCCCCUGCUCAUCCCGUCGGCCUUCGGGACGGUGCUGUCGGUGAUGUACGUGGCCGGGGUGGUGGGCAACGUGUACACGCUGGUGGUGAUGUGCCACUCGGCGCGCUGCGCGGCCCCCAUGUACAGCUCCAUCAUCAGCCUGGCCCUGGCCGACCUGCUCUACCUCUCCACCAUCCCCUUCAUCGUCUGCACCUACCUGGCCCAGGACUGGUACUUCGGGGACCUGGGCUGCCGCAUCCUGCUCAGCCUGGACCUGCUCACCAUGCACGCCAGCAUCUUCACCCUCACCCUCAUGUGCACCGAGCGCUACCUGGCCGUCACGCGGCCCCUGGACACCCUGAAGCGGUCGCGCGGCUACCGGAAGGUCACGGCGGGGGCCGUCUGGUCGGUCUCGCUGCUCCUUACCCUGCCCAUGAUGCUGAUGGUCACCCUGACCGAGGGGGGCAAGGCGGAGGGCAAGGUGAAGAGGAUGUGUGCGCCCACCUGGAGCGUGGAUGCCUACCGGACCUACCUGACGGUGCUCUUCAGCACCAGCAUCAUGGCCCCGGGAAUCAUCAUCGGCUUCCUCUACACGCGCCUGGCCAGGACCUACCUGGAGUCCCAGAGGAACCCCCCCCACAAGGAGAAGAGCAAGAGGUCCCCCCGGCAGAAGGUCCUCAUCAUGAUUUUCAGCAUCGUGCUGGUCUUCUGGGCCUGCUUCCUGCCGUUUUGGAUCUGGCAGCUGGUGCGACUCUACAGCAGCUCCCUGCAGCUCACCACCCAAACCCAAAAGUGCAUUAACUACCUGGUGACCUGCCUGACCUACAGCAACAGCUGCAUCAACCCCUUCCUCUACACCCUGCUCACCAAAAACUACCGGGAAUACCUGCGCAACAGGCACCGCAACUUCUACAGGUUCACAUCCUCCUUUCGCAAGAGGGGCUCCAACCUGCAGUGCUCCUGGGGACGGUCCACGUCCUCCAGCAACCAGUAUGACUACAGCUCGGAGGCCGUGGGCAUGGCCACGCUGAAGGACAAGUGAGGAAGAGGAAGCGCUCCGGAGACACCAGGACCAGCAGAGCGUCUGGCCAAGGGCUUCUCUCAUUCCAUUUGACCUCAUGUUCCAUCCCCAGAGGAAUUACAUCAAGACUGGAUCCCCAAUGCCAUGGUCUGGGUUGCAAGUAAAGGAGAUGGUGAUGGCAUAGCGAGUGCCCCAGUGAACCUUUUCUACCCGAUGAAGGUUCUCUGAUCCAGAGGUGAAAAAAGAAACCCGGCCUGUAAAGACAAAAUAUAUUUAAUCAGUGACAUGGAGUUUGCCACUUGGCUAUCAGCUCCCUGCACAGUUUUGCUGUUGUCUCAGUCCAACUGUUCCCUAGCUACCUGAGAGCCCAUAGGUCAUCAAAGACAAACUGUUAUGAGCUUAUGCUGCACUCUGACAGCUUUAUGUACUGUUUAAAACGUACGUUAAUCCUUUGUGCUACAAAGCUGGAGACAUAAUUCCACCAUAACUCAUAGUUUAUAAAAGGCAGGAGGAAGCCAAGAACAUCUGAAGCCAGUUCUUAGUUGCCUCAAUUAAAAAAAAAAAACAAAAAAAAAAGGAAACAAAGUAACUCUAGUGACUGUCAGCAAAGUGUAUUGAUUUCCUUCCUGCUCCCCUUCUAGUCUGGGCUCUAAUUUUAGACCAAAGAAGGAGGAAGUACUACAAAGGUGGCCAAAAGUCUUCAGUGAAAAAAAUGCUCAGCAGGUUUACAAACAGCUGUGGCAGCUUAUCAGCAUUAUACCCAGUAUUUGCUAUAGCUUUUUGUGCGCAGUCUGAUCACUCACUGUUGAGCCAGGUUAGAAAGUUAGGUAUCAGUCAUAUAGAAAUUAAUUUUCCUUAGAAGGAAUGACUCCAUCAAUGCAUUGGCUUGGAAAUUGUUCUACAGAUGCAAGUGCUUACUGCUGUGCUUCAUCCUGUCCAAGCUUUGACCACCACCUUGCCUUAGGGUUCUCCAAGCCUUAAGUGGCAUCAAGGUGAAAUGCAGUUACUUUGAUAAUGACAGUGGAGAUAUAUUAGCAUCCCACUUGAUGAAACAGCAGAAUGGAGCUCUCUGCACUUUCACAUUAUUAAACUGUUCUGAUAA